GGUUACCACCACCUGCGUUUUAGCCGCAGUGAUAGAUCUGUCGAAAAUAAGGCAACAGUUGGGAACUUUGUAAAGUAGAAUCUGCGGUUGAACCUGAUGUGUAGUCAUGGGGAUUGUGGAUGACAGGAGGAAGAAAUUCAUUCUAACUCUAGCAGCAUAUCAUUUUGAUGUAACACUGAAUGAUGAUCAGUACAAAGAACUAGGCUCAGACAAAGGCCUUGAUGAAUUUUUGGAUGAUAGAAGUCUUGUGACACUGUCUGUGGUCCACAAAGAUGCAAAGCUGCAACUUAGUACAAGGGUUGAUGCAGGAGAAGGGAAGAACAGCUUACUCGUGUUUUUCAAGAUUCAGCCAGAUGUUAUUACGCCUGACAACAUCUAUGAGACAAUAUCCAUGACAACUGUAGCCAGUUCACCUUUAGUCACAUUUUAUUAUACUAUCAAGGAAGUAUAUACUCCAAUUUUAUUGCAGGCAGGAAACUCCAGUAAUCAAAUAGACAGUAGCUUACAAGACUUGAUAACAAAGCUGCAGGAUAGGCUAAAAUGCACACUUCAGAAAAUUGGUAAAUCUGUUGAAAAUGAUGCUGGGGACAAUGUGGAAUUGAUAGUGAGCCCAGUAGAUGAAGCACAUUACUGGUCAUACAUGGCUAAUAAUGCUACCAAUAAUAAGUUGCAAGAAAAGUGUGUGGCGUUUUUUAAAUCUUUGGAACCUCUUGCAAAGGAGUUCAGUAUGCUGGAUUCCUUGCCAUUACAAGAUGGUGAGGAUGUCACUGAGUCUGCAUUCAACAUCCUGGAUGAUUUAUGGAAGCUUGAUGAGUAUCAGUAUCCCCAAACAAGAAUGGAGCACCUAUUUUGUGUCACAGGUAACUGCCUCAUCCAUUUUAUUCAGAAAAAACUCAGAGAAAUUGACUUGUGGAAUGAACCAUUUAUAUCGGUUGAGGAACUUGUGAAUACAGCAUUAUCCAUCUGCAGAAACUGGAUCAACUCCUGUGAGCGCCUCACAUCUCUCUUCUGGGCCAAUUAUUCUCCACAUCCUUGGCACGGCAAGCCUUAUCUGCCAACUCAUGUUAUGAAUCUUGCAUCCCGACUGGUGGAGAUCCUACAUAUCAGAAAGCUGCACCGGCAGUUAAGUCGUCUUUUGUCAGCAGAGGAGCUCCAAGAACUUCUUCCUGGUGGUCCAUUCCAUAUCUUCUGUGAGCUGAAUGUGUUACAGUGCAAUCCUUACUCUGAUCCUUUGUGGCAGACUGCUGUUGCACAGUAUCAUCGUAUUUUAAAACCAGUUGGAGAACGUGUUGCUGGAAAGCUGCGUAACCAAAUUAGUAGGGCUGGUAACAAUGUCUUAGAGCUUUUGCAAGAAUUUGUACGCUGUCGAGAGCUUAUUCAGCAACCUGAUGUAUCUCAUAUCCUUACACCAGAAAGAGAGGCUUUUCUUGCUGCAUUAAAAGAAUACAUUGCUGCAACGAGUGCAGAUUUUUCUUCUAGAAACCACAGUGGAUAUGAAAGAAUUGGGGAAGCAUCGGAUAUGCCAUCUAUUGUUGCCAACAUAUGCUGGCUUCGACAGAUGGAAAACAAGGUUUGUGAAAUUCAGAAUAUCAGCAGUAUUAUUCUUCAUGAUUUAAGUGGAUACAGUGAACUUCAUACAGCAGUGAGUGAAUUAAUAAGAGACGUCAAAGAACAAAUUUCCGAGCAGUUUGAUAACUGGACAAGAGAUGUUGGAAGUGCUGUACGUACAAGGAAGCUGAGCCUCCAAACAGAUCAACCAGUUGUGCAUUUUGAAGGCAGGCUAAUGAGAGUCAACUAUGAUCAUCGAUUAGUCAGUCUGAUACAUGAAGUACGUCAGCUUUCAGUACUAGGAUACAAGAUUCCUUCUCAUGUACAACAGACAGCUGAGUUAGCAGCAAGUUUCAUGCGUCAGGCAAAGGCUCUGGAACAAAUAGCAAAUUUUCAUAACACUAUUGGAGAUCGAAUGAUACCUUCACAAAGGCCAAUGAUGUUGGUGGCAGCACGGGAACUGGAGCGACUUGUUCAAGAACAAGGCGAUGUCACAUGGGGAGACAGUCAAACUAUAGAAGGCUAUUUGUCUCGUCUUCAAGCUGCUGUUGAACGUCUUUCACGAGAGAACAGCAUUCUUGCUGCUUAUCACUGCAAUCUUCGGAAUAAGGUUCUUGCACUGAUGGAAUCAGAUUCCCUGCGGUAUCAACACAAGAUGAAGGAAAUUUUGAGGGAUAUACGUGAUAUAUUUGAUCAAGUGGAUAAACAGAAAUUUGUCAAUAUGAAAUCAUGGCGCUUACAUUGGGAUUACCAGCUAUAUAAGGCUAUUGAAUAUCAUUAUCAGUUAGGUUUGGAGACUCUGAAUGAUCACUUGAGUGAAAUCAGUAUUGAACUUAUUUUCAGGCAACAAAAACUACAAUUUCAGCCACCAAUGGAAGAAAUUCGCAUGAAGUAUUAUGGGCAGCUGAAACGCUUCCUUGCCCUUCCCAAUAAUUUUAGGGGUACUGCUGAAUCAACAGAGAACUCAAUUUUUCCAGUUAUAAUACAAAGAAAUGCAAGACGAUUUGGAGGAGUCUUUGCUCGAGCAGAGCAGCAGUUCGAAAAACUGGAGAAAGUGAAGGAACGUUGGCAGCCAUGGGUUGCUUUAGGAACUGUUGACAUCGAUCACUUGACCAGAGAAUACCUUCAUACAGCAGAUGAUUGGGAUCAGAAUUUUCGGACCUCAAAGACGCAUGGUCAACAAAUUGCUAAGUUGCCAAGAACAGAGGAGAAAGUUGGAUGUUUCUCUGUAAGUGUUAAGGCUCUUUGCUCUGAAUUAGAACUACAUAAUCGCCGUUACUGGGAUGCCCUAGUAGCCUCUUUGCAAGUAUCUAUACUGACAGAUGCUGCUAAAAUCCAGAAGUUUGCUUCUGAAUCAGUAACUGCUCUUGGGAAACAGCCACAAUCCAUUGAUGAGAUUGCUGAUGCUACAAGAAUACAUGCAGAAAUAAAGGAAUCAGCACCACAGAUGAUAGAAUUGUAUGAAGAGUCAAAAAAGAAGAAUAAAGUUCUUGCUGUAUGGACGAAAGAGAGGAUAGAAGAAAUGAAUCAAACUGCUUCUGAAUGGGCAAAUUUUCAAUUCAUUUUAGAUAAUCAUCAAUUCCUCAUAGAAAAGCAGGUGGAAAAUGUAAAACAAAGUUUGGAGACACGCACUUCAGAGAUUUUGGAAGAAAUGGAGAAGUUUAGGUUACGUUGGGAACAAGCACGACCCCGUGAAACUGAUUUGCAGGAUGGUGGCACAGAAAUCCUCCUCCGUGGUCUGGACACAAUACGAGCAAAGAGAGCUGAAUGGAAACAACUAAUGGAGACCUAUGAAAAACUGGUAGCAGACUGCUUACAUUUUGCUAUUCAGGAACCGAAGUUUAAUAUAUGUGAAGAGGUUGAAGCUGAUAUUGGCAGGCAUGAGACCCUUUGGUCUCUGUUUGAAGAAUUCAACAGUGGACUUCAGGAGAUGUCAAAAUCUGAGUGGAUAAUAUUCCGCAGCAGAAGUUAUGUCUUUGAGGAUUUUCUACAAAAUUGGGAGCAACGACUUAAGUCAGGAGUGGAAACUUCAGGGCUAACUGUGAAAUUACUUCAAGAAAUUGAUACAUACAAGAUUAUUAUACCUGCCAUCAAGUAUGUGAGGGGUGAAAUGUUCAGUGAGAAACAUUGGAAAGAAUUAUUCAUUCUUUUGGGAAUCACAGAUAAAUUAGUAGAAAAUUUAACUUUCGGAGAUAUUCUUGAUGUGAGAGACAACAUUUCAAGGAAUAUUGCUGAAUUGAAAGAGCUGAAUAACAGAGCAGCAAGUGAAAUUGCCAUCAGAAAAGCUUUGGGAGAACUUGAUGUUUGGGAAGUUGAAGCAAGAUUCUCACUCAUUGAACAUGCUGAUUCACAAGGACAGAUUGUAACAUUAAUAAAGGAUUUCAAGGAUAUAUUAAAUAAGAUAGGUGAUAACCAGUGCCUUCUUCAGUCUAUCAAGAACUCUCCAAACUACAGCAGCUUCACAGAUCGUGCAUCUAUCUGGGAAAGAAGGUUAACAGAGUUGGAUGAAUAUUUAAACAGCUUAGCUCAUAUACAACGCAAAUGGGUAUAUUUGGAACCCAUAUUUGGUGCUGGAACAUUGUCACAUGAUUUGGCUCGUUUUCAACGUGUUGAUCGUGACUUCCGUUUGAUCAUGUCAGAUGUAGCACGUGAUCCCAGAGUAGUUAUGCUCUGUAAAGUGCGUGGUCUCUCUCACAUGCUGGCAAGACUGCGUAAUCAACUGUCUCUUUGCCAAAACAGUCUAAACACAUUUUUAGAGGAGAAGCGUUCAGCGUUUCCUCGGUUUUAUUUUCUUAGUGAUGAUGAUCUUCUUGAAGUACUUGGUCAGUCAACAAGGGAACGAGUAAUCCAGGCUCACUUACGUAAAUUAUUUGCUGGUGUACAUACAGUCAGUUUGGACAGCUCUGGACAGAUGGUGACUGCAGUGCAUUCUCUUGAAGGUGAAACUGUAACAUUAAAGAAAGCUGUGAGCAUCAGUAAUGAUGUAGAAAAAUGGCUCAGUGAUCUUCUGAGUGAGAUACAGUCAACAUUACAGAGACUUCUGACUGAAUGUUUGUUGGAUAUACAUCAAAAUACUUCAGGAGCUGAUCCCAACAAAUAUCCUGCCCAGAUUCUAUGCCUUGCUGAAAAUAUACACUUCACAGAGAAAUGUGAAAAGGCUAUUUCAUCAGGAACAUUGUCAAUGCUGCACAAUUCAUUAAAGUUGCAGCUAAAGUCAUACACCACACUUGGACAAGAAUUAGUUGAUGACAGUGAUUCAUCUGAAUUGGCACUAAAAUUGAAAGCUCUUAUGCUUGAUACAAUAAGAAAUCUAGAUGUUGUGGAGCAGCUUAUAAAUGCAGGGGUGUCAUCUCUAGAAGACUGGUGUUGGCAAAAACAGCUGAGAUUCUAUUCCCAGAAUGGUGAUUCAACUGUAGUUCGUAUGGUAGAUGCUGAGUUCAAAUAUACCUUUGAGUACCAAGGAAGUACACUAAAACUGGUGCAUACACCACUGACAGACAAAUGUUACUUAACCUUAACCCAGGCAAUGCGGAUGGGUCUUGGAGGUAAUCCGUAUGGUCCUGCUGGAACAGGGAAGACUGAAUCUGUGAAGGCCCUUGGUGGAUUGAUGGGACGUCAGGUGCUUGUUUUUAACUGUGAUGAGGCUAUCGAUGUAACAUCAAUGGCACGAAUGUUCACUGGUAUUGUUAAAUGUGGAGCAUGGGGCUGCUUUGACGAAUUCAACAGGCUCGAUGAGGCAACUCUUUCUGCAGUAUCUUUGCAGAUUCAACCAAUACAGAUGGCUCUGAAACUUGGACUGAAAACUGUGAAGAUUCUUGAUGAAGAAGUGACCCUUAAUCCCCACUGUGGGAUUUUUGUCACACUCAAUCCUGCAGGCAAAGGUUACGGUGGUAGGCAGCAUUUGCCUGAUAAUCUGAAGCAGCUGUUCCGGCCUGUGGUUAUGUCACGUCCCGACAAUGAACUAAUAGCAGAAGUAUUUCUUCAGUGUGAAGGCUUUCAAUAUUCCCAGAGUCUUGGACACAAACUUGUUGAAGUUUUCAAUCUUGCAAGGAAACUACUGUCAAAGCAACAACACUAUGACUGGGGCCUUCGAGCACUGAAGACUAUACUUGGAGGAUGUGGAGCUGCUAUUCGAGCACAUCAGAGAGAGAAAGGCACUUCAAAUAACAGUUCUUUAUCAGAAUCUGAUGAAAAUCAGUUAGUUGUCUCAGUACUGCGUUUGAACACAGCAUCAAAACUAACCUUUGCUGACUGUAAAAAAUUUGAUGCCUUAGUUCAAGACAUGUUUCCUGGAACUGAAUUUGUUGAAUCAACUGGAAAAACGCUCAAAGAAGCCUUGAGAACAAGUUUCUCAGAGCUUGGAUUACAUUUUAAUGAAAGACAGGAAAAGAAAUGUGUGGAAGUAUAUGAGCAGCUGCAACAACGAAUGGGUGUCGUGCUAAUGGGACCAUCAGGUUCAGGAAAGACAACAAUUUGUCAUCUCCUAAAGAUGGCUCUAGGGAAACUCAGUCAACCAAUUAAGCAGUACACUAUGAAUCCAAAAGCUAUGCCAAGGACUCAGUUUCUGGGCCAGAUUGACAUAGACACAAGACAGUGGAAUGAUGGUGUACUUACUUUAGCAGCACAACAUGUAUAUUCUGAGAUGUCAGAUCAGCAGUCAUGGAUAGUAUGUGAUGGUGAUGUUGAUCCAGAAUGGGUAGAGUCUCUUAAUUCAGUUCUUGAUGACAAUCGUCUUCUAACGCUACCAUCUGGUUGGAGAAUUCAGUUUGGCCCAAACGUUAACUUCAUUUUUGAGACUCAUGAUUUAAGCAAUGCAUCUCCUGCAACGAUUUCUCGUAUGGGCAUGGUUUUCUUCAGUGAAGAGGAUAUUGAUGUGAAAGGUUUAGUAGCUGCCUGGUUGGAGACUCAAUCUGAUGACUGUAUUCAUUUUUUGUCUUCUUACAUGGAUGACUAUUUUUACAAAGGUAUACAGUGGGUGUUACAAAAUGGUGAAGCUGUAGUUCCCUUUUCACUAAUAGGGUUGGUGAAAAAUGGUUUGUCUCACUUAGCAGGUGUUACUAGUAAAUCAGAAUAUGCCCUUUGCCUUGUACGUGGUCUGGGUGGUAAUUUGACCUGCAGCAACCGAGAGGUAUUUGCAAAAGAGGUGUUUAGCUGGUUAAAGGAAUUUGCACCAGAUGGCGUUAGUCCUCUAAGAUGUUAUUAUGAUGCUCAUCGUGACUGUUUGGAUGCCUAUUCAGCUAAAUGUGUUGUUUCCGACUCUGACAGUGAGACUGAUUCACCAUUGAUUUUAACUCCUCAUGUGAGAGCAACAAUAGAUGUUCUUGAACCGUGGUUGCAGAUGGGAGAUCAACAUCCAUUUUUGUUGAUUGGUCCACAGGGUUCUGGAAAGAGUACUAUAUUACAACAUUGCUUUCAAAAACUAAGAGCUACUGAUGUGGCUACCAUUCACUGCAGUGCUCACAUUACUCCUGCACAUGUUUUGCAGAAACUUUCACAGGUUUGCAUGUUGAUAUCAACAACCACAGGCCGUGCAUAUAGACCAAGAAAUAGUGAGCGACUAAUAUUAUAUUUCAAAGACUUAAAUCUAGCUGCACCAGAUAAAUGGGGGACCAGCAUGCUGAUAUCUUUCCUGCAACAGAUAUUGACGUAUAAGGGCUUCUACGAUGACAAUUUGGAGUGGGUUGGACUUGAACAAGUUCAUGUUGUAGCAAGUCUUGUCGGAGGAAUAGAUGCUGGUCGACACCCACUAUCUCCUCGAUUCACUUCAGUGAUCAGAAUUCACAGUAUCAGCUACCCAGCUAAAGAGGAUUUGAAGUCAAUAUAUGGAAUUUAUUUGUCAAGGACACUUAGCAUGUCAUCACAUCCUGUUUGGCAUUCUUUGUCAAAGAUUUCUGCACUUGCAUCAUCUAUGGUGAAAAUAUAUCAAGAUGUAAAGCUGAGUUUCCAACAAAAUCAGCAAAAGAACAGCCAUUACAUAUUUACUCCUUGUGACCUGACUCAUUGCUGUAUGUCUCUUGCAAGAUAUGAACUUCCUCCUGGUGACAACACAGCUGAUUAUCUGUUAGAGAUUGUAGUUUAUGAGACCCUAAGAUUGUACCGUGACAGACUGACAUCAGAUAAUGACAGAAAACAAUUGGAUUCCAUUGUCAACAAGGUUCUGCAAACUGACUGGAAUCGUGAAUUAAUGGUGGAAAGAAUUUCAGACACAUUUUAUGUAACUGCGGCAUCUGUAAAUAUUGCGUCAUCCAUUUCAUCAAAAUCACACCUAGGAAAACCAUUAGGAAAAAUUGGAACCGAAGACUGGUCUGCGGUAGUUCAGAGUGGUAUCAGCAUUUUAGGGCGUGAAGGCCAUAACUUAAAUUUGCUGAUAUUGCCAGAGGUGCUGCAAACCAUAGCAAGUUCUGAUCGUAUUUUGUCAGCUCCCUGUGGUUCACUUGUUCUGGCUGGUCAAGCAGGAAUUGGCCGAAGAGCUACCAUUCAAAUUUUGUCUGCACUGCAUAGUGUUAAAUUAAUAACACCAAAUAUAACAAAGCAGUAUGACCACAAAAACUUUUGCAAUGAUUUGAAGGAGGUAAUGCAUAUGGCUGGUGUGAGUGGGGAACAGGUGUUCCUAUUACUUGAAGAUUGCCAUAUACAGAUGACAGCUCUGCUCAAUAUGGUCAAUACGCUACUUCUUUCAGGAGAGGUCCCUGGUCUUUAUACUCGUGACGAGCUUGAAGCUGUUGUCUCUUCGUUGAGAGAUGUUGCAGCCCAGGAGAACUAUGUGGGAACUACAUCUGCCUUUUUUGCUCAGAGAGUCCAAAGAAAUCUCCAUGUGGUGUUAAUGAUGGAUAUUAUGAAUCCAUCAUUUUCACGAAUCUUUGAAAGCAGUCCUGCCUUACACAAAAAGUGUAGCAUUUUGUGGCUUGAAAGCUGGAGUAGGCAAAGCUUACGAACCAUUCCUCAAAUGUUGCUUUCCAGGGAUGAAAAAUUUGAAUCAGUUGAUACAAGAGGCACUCAGACAAACAGUGGAAUUGAUGAAAAACUUCUGAAUGGUUUUGCAGCUAUUCAUGAACAAGCUUCAGAAAAAUUGAAAACACCCAUGCGCUACCUUCAUUUUGUUCAAACUUUUCUUCAGAUCUAUAACAAAAAAUAUUCUUCCAGUGUCCAACAACAGGAAAGAUUGAAGAUUGGAGUGAUGAAACUUACAGAAGCCAAAAAUGUUGUGGACUCUCUCAAGUCAGAAGCAGAUAUUCAGCAGAAGGAACUUGCAGAGAAGCAAGCUAAAGCAAAUACUGCCCUUCAGAUAAUAACAGAAACAAUGCACAAUGCAAACUCACAUAAAGGACAACUGGAAAAGCUCAAAGAACAAAGUGAGAAGAAGAAUCAGGAACUUACAAUAAGGAAAAAAGAAAUAGAUGCAGAACUAGCUGAAAUUGAACCUGUGAUACAACAAGCAAGGGCUGCUGUGGGUAAUAUAAAAUCAGAGUCACUUUCAGAAAUUCGUUCACUUCGGGCACCACCAGAAAUCAUACGUGAUAUACUUGAAUGUGUUCUUAGCCUGAUGGGAAUUCGUGAUACUUCUUGGAACAAUAUGAAAAACUUCCUAGCUAAAAGAGGUGUCAAGGAGGAAAUUAGAACAUUUGAUGUUAGGUCAGUGACUCCUGAAUCCAGAGCUCAUGUUGAGCGUCUUAUGCAGGAACGUAAGGAAUCUUUGGAACCAGCAAAUGCAAAGAGAGCAUCAUCAGCAGCAGCACCAUUAGCUGCUUGGGUCAUUGCUGUAGUGAGGUAUUCCAAGACUUUAGAAAAGGUGCGACCACUGGAGCGAGAACAGAUUGCACUUCAAAGUGAUUUGGAGGCAGCGGAGAAACAAGUAACUGAACUGAGUGGUGAACUAACAGGCGUGGAUCACAAAGUGGCAGAAUUGCGACAGCAGUUGAACUUGUACACUAGAGAAGCAGCAGAACUUGAGAUAAAACUUUCACAUGCUCAUAAAACAAUUGCUUCAGCUGAGGGACUUCUACAAAAACUUGGAGAUGAGUUUCAAAGAUGGACAGAACAGCUUACUACACUGUCUGAAGAACUUAUAAACAUGCCACUCUCUUGUCUUCUGGCAGCUGCAUUUGUUUGUUAUCUUGGCAGUGAACCAGAAGAUUCAAGACAAAAACAUGUGUCUCACUGGCAGAAGAUAGUGGGAUGGGAAGAAGCAGAACAUUUCUCUCUAACAGACUUUCUAAGCACAGAACAGCAGUGUUUAGUAUGGCAUUCUCAAGGAUUACCACCAGACACAUUGUCACUUCAAAAUGGUUUGCUAAUAUUACAGGCAUCACUGCGACCACUCCUUUUGGAUCCAACUUCAGUGGCAUCUUGCUGGCUGCAAAAUUACCUGAAAGAUGAAGGCUUGGAAACUGUGACACAGCACAGCUCUCGAUUCUACACAAGCUUGGAAAUGGCUGUCAGGUUUGGCAAAACACUUCUGAUUGAGGAAGCUGAUUCAAUUGAUCCAGUACUGUAUCCUAUUCUAAGACGAGAACUCACAAACCAAGGUGGUGACAGGAAAGCAGUCCAGCUAGGAGCAAAGCUUGUGGAUUUUGAUGAUAGAUUCCAGUUAUUCUUGACAACCCGUAAUCCAGACCCAGACUUGCCACCUGAUGCAGAGGCACUGAUCACUGUUAUUGACUUUAAAACGACAAAAACUGGACUUUCAGGUCAGCUUCUUGCUGUGGCUCUGCAACAUGAGAAACCACACUUGGAAACUCGCCGUAGUGAUCUCUUAAGACAAGAGGAAGACUUCAAAAUGAAAUUGGAGAAGCUGCAAGAAGAGUUAUUACAAAGGCUUGUGUGUGCUGAAGGAGACAUUCUGCAGAAUGAGGAACUUCUUGCUUCACUGAAUGAAACCAAAGCCAGCAGUGCGGCCGUCAGGCAGUCUCUGGUGGAAUCAAGUGCACUACAGCAUGAACUUAAUAAAGAAUGUGAAGUUUACAAGCCUUAUGCUGAAUUUGGAAGUAACUUGUUCUUUGUUAUAAACAGUCUUGGAAAAGUUAAUAGUAUGUACAAAUUCUCAGUGGCUUCAUUCAAAAGACUGUUUGAGAAGGCAUUAGAUAUGCUUAAGGAAGAAAAUGACAUAGAUCAGAGACAAGAACACCAGAAGAAGAAUCUGCUGCUCCUGACAUAUCAACAAGUUUCUCGCAGCCUUUUUAAGUCAGAUCGACUGAUGUUUGCUUUGCAUUUAAUACACAAUUUGUUUCCCAGUGAAAUACCAGAUGAUGAAUGGAGUGUUUUUCUGGGACAGCAUUUGUCUGUGAUGAGAGCAGACUCUGGUAGUAUUGGUGGUGAAUUGCCAGAUUGGAUAAGUAAGGAACAGUUAAUAGAUGUUUACACAAUAAAGACUGUACUACCAAAGUUUUGGGAAGAAUUGCAUUUGGAGGAUCAUGCUUUGUGGUCUGCAUAUUACCACAGUAUCGAGUGUGAAACGAACUUACCUUCAAAAAUAGUGAAGAAAAUUUCACCUUUCCAGCGAGUCCUUGUUAUGCAAGCUCUGCGCCCAGACAGAUUACUUUCAGCUAUGUCUCUAUUUACAUUACAAGUCUUAGGUUUGGCGGAUCUAUCACCACCAGCAAUUAGCCUGAAACAGUUGUAUUCAGAGUCAUUACCAUAUGAGCCCAUCUUGUUGAUAACUUCCCCUGGAGCAGACCCUUCUGAAGAACUGCGUGAACUCGCCAGCGCAACUGUAGGAGAAGAAAAAUACAAAGAAAUGGUGCUGUGUGCAAAUGAACUGAAUGUGGCUCUGGAGGCUCUUCAGAUUGCUGCUGAUCAGGGUAACUGGCUGUGCCUCAAGAACCUUCAUCUGGCAACAGCCUGUCUACCUGAUCUUGAGAAAUAUCUUAGAACAGUAAAGGGACAUGAAAACUUUAGGUUGUGGCUUUCAACAGAACAACACUUAAACUUUUCAUCUGUCCUUGCUCAGUCCUGCCUAAAGAUGACAUAUGAGUCUCCACAAGGUCUGAAGCGUAACAUUCAAAGAACAUUGGCAACAUGGGGUCCGGAAUUCUUUUCUGGGCCUUCUGGGAACCAUGCAGCAAACAAUCGAACUUUACGGACAGGAGCCCUAUUUGUGUUGGCAUGGUUUCAUGCAAUAAUUCAGGAAAGACGCAGUUUCAUUCCUCAGGGAUGGACUUCCUAUUAUGAAUUUGGUGAUGCUGACCUACGUGUUGCCACUGACAUGAUAGAUCGUCUCUGUCAGGCAGGUCACAGAGAAAUAAAAUGGGAGUUUAUUCAUGGUUUGUGUGAAGAUGCCAUUUAUGGAGGAAGAGUAGAUAAUGUGUAUGAUAUAAAAGUUCUGGAAUCAUAUUUGAAAGAAUUUUUUAGUCCUGGUGUACUAAUCCAUAGAACAAGAUCCUUAGGAAGUGUAAUUUCAGUGCCUCCAUCAUCUAAUUAUUAUGAUUAUUACAAAGCCAUCCACAUACUUUCGGAUACUGACAAGCCUACCUAUUUUGGUUUGCCUAGCAACAUUGAACGCUCUUGGCAGAAGACAGUGAGCAAAGUUGUCAUCUCUGAGUUGAAAAAAUUAAUCCUCCCAACAGAGGGUUCUCAGAAAUUUGACAGAGAUAAAUGGCAGAAACACAUUGCUCCCAUACUGAAUUUAUGGAAGAAACUCAACCAGAAUUCAGGUUUGAUUCAAGCAAAACCUUUGCCACAAGAUUCAGAAAUAAGCUCUCCAAUUGUCAAUUUCGUAUUACUGGAGCAUAACCAUGCUAUAACACUUGUGCAUUUUGUUCAUCAGUCCUUGGCAAGGCUAAGCAAAGUAAUGCGUGCAAUAGCUCUUCCAUCUAAGGAAACUGAACAGACAGCAAUUGCUCUUAUCAGUCACAAGGUUCCAGAAUCAUGGCAAAAUCUUUGGUGUGGUCCAAAGGAGCCUUCAUUUUAUUUACACUCUUUAGUAUCUCAGGCCACUGCAGUUGGUCACUGGGCAAAUCGGAGCUCAGUUUUGUUGCAAGAGCCUCUUGAUUUGGGAGAUCUGUUUGAACCUGAUGCAUUUCUUGCAGCUGUGAAGCAGCAGACAGCAAGGGAAAAUGAUGUUGCAAUAGAUGACCUUAGACAGGUCACAAGUUGGAAUCAGAGGAAUGUGUCCAGUAAAAUGAAAGUGUGCUUGUGCUUGAAAGGACUACAGAUAGAGGGUGCAGUUUUCAGUGGUACUUCCCUGACUCCUUGUUCAGCUGAUGCUCCUGAUGCCUCAGCUGCUCCUAUCUGCACACUCACAUGGAUGACAAAGAGUGAUUAUGGAAAACAUCAGCACCAAGAAUACAUAACAUUGCCUUUAUACCUCACAUCAGCACGUGAAAGAGUUGUUACCACACUAGAUGUGCCUUGCCGUGCUUCAGAUCAUAAUAUUUGGAUUAAAGCUGGCACUUGCUUCUUCAUAAAGAAGUAAAAUACCAGAAGACUUUUAGCUUAUUCAGUUAUAUCCCAGGUAUAAGUCACCAAUAGAUGGUGACAAUUCUCUUAAGUUUUUAAAGUAACAUUGUUACUGCAGUUGAAACCAGUAAGCUGAUAUUACUUCAUGUAAUAUUUUGCUAUCCACUUUAGAAAAGCACUGAAAUAUGACACAAUGAAGAAUUUUAUUUGUUUAAUCAAUGUACAGCAAUAUAUAUUUCACAAUAAAAGCUUGUAUGUGAACAA